AUGCCUUCGACACAAAAAGUUGCGCUGGUGGUGGGUGCCUCGCGAGGCAUCGGAAGACAGGUCGCUAUCGAUCUGGCGAAGAACAAUUAUGCCGUGGUCGUCUCAGCUAAGUCGACUAGCAAUGCGCAGACAACGAAACCAUUUCCCCCGGAUCCAAACUCACAGCAAUCGACAAUCAAUACUGUGGAAAGGGAGAUCAGAGAAGCUGGCGGUCAAGCUACUGCCAUUGCUGUGGACACAAGGGACUUUGAAGAUGUUAAGAAACUUGUGGACCAAACGGUCAAGAUAUACGGCCACAUUGAUGUCAUCAUCUAUAACUCCGGAGCAAUAUGGUGGGCAUCCGUUGAAAAUACGCCGAUGAAACGAUUCCAGCUUAUGCAGCGCAUUAACCCUGAAGGCCUCUACGGGACUAUCCAAGCUGCGUUGCCCCAUUUCAAGAACAAUGGCUGGAAGGGCCGUGUAAUUGUUGUCAGCCCUCCUAUUUACUCGCGUUUUUUCCGGGGAAAGACUGCAUAUGCAAUGGGGAAGGUUGGUAUGAGUGUUCUCACGAAAGGCAUUGCAAUGGAUUGGGAGAGAGAGGGCAAGAAAGAUAUGGCAAUGACAAGCAUCUGGCCUGCUUCGUCCAUCGAAUCAGCAGCCACUGGCCAGAUGACAAAUAUCGACCCAGAUGCUGUUAAAGAUCUUCGAAAGCCAUCCAUCUUCUCCGACGCUAUUCUUGCGAUGAUUCGCGCCCCAGUUGCAGACGUCAACGGACUUCUGGAUACAGAUGAAGAUUUCUUACGCAAUCAUGAAGGCGUUAGCGAUUUCUCGAAAUACUCUGUUGUCCCCGGGGCUACGACUCGCCGUAUCAUGCCUCAAGAGUUUCCUGACCUGACCGUUGCGGAGCAGGCCGAUGAGGGUAGGAGAACCGAUAGUGCCAAGAUGAGGGCUGCCAAACUUUGA